AUGCAGGUCUCAUUGACAGCCCCAAAUUCAGUGCAAUAUCUCCAGCCUACAGGCCUUUUUAUCAACAAUGAGUUUGUUGCAUCAAAAUCCGGACAGACUCUGUCGACAAUCGAUCCAGCAACUGAGAAGGAGAUCACCACCGUUCAUGCGGCAGGCGCUGAUGAUAUCGACAUUGCCGUUGCAGCAGCACGAAGCGCCUUGAAACAUCCGUCCUGGAGAAAACUGCCUGGAACAGCUCGCGGCAAACUUAUGUUAAGACUAGCAGAUCUAAUUGAGGAAAACGCCAAUAUCCUGGCUACUAUUGAAACAUGGGAUAACGGAAAGCCAUAUCAACAGGCAGUCGCAUUUGACAUACGAGCCGCGGCAGAUGCAUUCCGAUAUUAUGCAGGAUGGGCAGACAAAGUGCAAGGAAGUGUGAUUGAGACAACACCUGAGAAACUGGCAUACACCAUCCGUGAACCCGUAGGUGUUUGCGGUCAGAUCAUACCAUGGAACUUUCCUUUAGUAAUGGCAGCAUGGAAGCUGGGGCCCGCGCUUGCUUGUGGAAACACUGUGGUUCUGAAACCGGCCGAACAGACCCCAUUAUCUGCUUUGUAUUUGGCUACUUUAAUCAAACAAGCUGGAUUCCCCCCAGGCGUUGUUAAUGUGGUCAAUGGACUUGGCAGAGUGGCCGGAGCUACUAUAGCCUCCCAUCUAGGUGUCGAUAAGAUCGCUUUCACUGGCUCGACGCAAACAGCACGAGAGAUAAUGAAAUUGGCAGCGAUAAACCUGAAGAGCGUUACCCUCGAGGCUGGUGGCAAAAGCCCCCUUCUUGUCUUUCCUGAUGCAGAUUUUGAUUCUGCAGUGACCUGGGCCCACAUAGGGGUCAUGUAUAACCAAGGACAGGUCUGCACUGCGACUAGUCGAAUCCUCGUUCAUGAAGAUAUCUACGACAAGUUUGUGGAGUCAUUUAAACAGAAAGUUGCUACCGUAUCGACGCUUGGAGACCCGUUUAAAGACGUCACAUUUCAGGGACCGCAGGUAACCAAGGCCCAGUUUGACCGAGUCCUAUCAUAUAUCGAGGCAGGAAAGUCUGAAGGUGCUACUUUGAUCCACGGCGGCACGGCAUAUAAAGACUUCAACGGCAAAGGAUUUUUUGUCGAACCAACUAUAUUUACAAAUGUCACCGAUGACAUGAAGGUUUAUCGUGAGGAAGUCUUCGGUCCAUUCGCAGUCGUGUCUUCUUUCAAGUCAGAAGAAGAGGCAGUACGAAGGGCGAAUGACUCUGUAUUUGGUCUGGGAGCCUCGGUAUUCACCAAAGACGUCAAGCGGGCCCAUCGCGUUGCCGCUGAUAUUGAAGCUGGGAUGGUAUGGAUCAACUCAAGUAACGAUUCGGAUUUCCGAAUUCCCUUUGGUGGUGUGAAACAAUCUGGUAUUGGACGCGAGCUUGGGGAAGCUGGGUUGGAGGCAUAUACAAAUAUCAAAGCAGUUCAUGUCAACCUACAGUGA